AUGGUGGAGCACGACCCCGAACAGUUCAUCGAAGUCGAGGACGACGCCGAUUCCACGCUCGGAUCGCAAAUUGCGAGUGAAACAUCCUCCCUACAGAGCCUGGUUCUGCAGUUUGAGUAUGAAAAUGGCCGGAGGUACCACUCCUACCAGUCUGGGCAUUAUGCCUUUCCCAAUGAUGAGGAUGAACUGGCCCGCAUGGACCUCGAACAUCAUAUCUUCCUGCUGCUGCUCGAUGGCGAAUUGCAUUUAGCUCCCGUCAAGACCCCACAGCGCAUCCUCGAUCUGGGGACCGGCACUGGGAUCUGGGCCAUUGAUGUGGCCGACAAGUAUCCGGAGGCCUGUGUCAUUGGAACUGAUCUGUCGCCGGUGCAGCCUUCAUUCGUCCCUCCCAAUCUCGAAUUCCAGAUCGACAAUUUCGAAGACGACUGGACCUUCCGCCGCGACUCGUUCGAUCUCAUCCACUCCCGGCUGCUGCUGGCCAGCGUCUCCGACUACCCCAGGCUCCUCAGCCAGGCCCUAAAGGCCCUCAAACCAGGUGGAUACCUGGAAAUGCACGAAGUGGAUCCCGGCUUCGAAUGCGACGACGACUCGAUCCCAGAAGACAGCAGCGCACUGCAAUGGUCGAACCUGUUCUUCGAGGGGUGCAAGAAGAUCGGACACCCGGUUCCCUCGCCGACCGAGUAUAAGACGCUGAUGGAGGAUGCGGGAUUCGUCGAUGUCAGGCUCAAGGUUGUAAAGCGCCCGUCGAAUGUCUGGGCCAAGGAGAAGAACUUGAAGCGGUUGGGUUUGUAUACACUUACCAACCAUUUGAAUGGAUUGCAUGCAUUCACCAUCGGUCUGUUUACGAGAGUCCUCGGAUGGAGUGUCCCUGAGGUCGAGGUCUUCCUUGCAAAGUGUCGUAAGGAGUGGAAGGACAGCUCCAUCCAUGCCUACCAGAGAGUGGUAUUUGUUUAUGGAAGGAAACCUGAUAUCUGA